UAGUACCAAAUUUUCACAAAACGUAGGUGGCGCUCCCACCAUUAAUUUUUCAUAGGUUAUUUAUUUAUAAACAGAAAAUACACGUAAUCGUGGUUUUUCAAACGUCGCCUCUUACAUAAAAAGCACCAAAAUUAACUCAAGGGCCACUUAACCGAAUCAAGGUAACAAUUUUGGGACAAUUUCAGGCUAGAAAAAUUUUUUUGAAAACAAUUGGGUUAUGUCCAAAAAUGCACCCCCAAGUGGCCAUCCUUCUGUCAUGGCUUGCCUACGCCGCUGCCAAGGUCUCCCUGUUUAAAUUGGAGGGCGAAGUCAACGGCCAGGAAUUCGUCUAUUACAAAAUAAUGCAUCCUGGAAAUUUACUGCUCGUUUUGGAGAGCUUGGAAGGGGACGCAGACGUGUACGUUUCGGAAAAGACACCCUCCCCAACAUACCACCCCGAUGCUUACGAUUUUCAUUCAGCGACGUGCGGGACCGAUUCGGUUACAAUUCCCCGAACUAUGAGGAGGCCCAUGGCUGUGGGUAUUUACGGGUAUUCGGCGUCGAGUAAAUACACUUUGGAGGUUUUUCAACUGCCAUCAGACGGUGACAACAAUUUAUUUGAAGAGGAUGAUCCGUUUAAAGCACAAGUUGAGAAUAAUGUUGAAUACACAACUAACGAGAAAAAAGAAGUUAGGAAAGUCCCCAAAGUGAAAAAGAAGUUGAGGAAUAUUCCCAACGGUUUGUGGCCCUUUUUGGAGCUGUUCGAAAUGCUUUUCUUGUAAUAUCCUAGUCGGUUAUUUUAAGGAUUUUUUACCAAAACAAGUCGGUGAUGUACAUAGGCUGUGUUAAUAAAUGAAUUAACUUAG